CUCCUGAAACACACUCUUGGAUAAACUCCGCUGAAGCAUCUGAGUUGAACAUGCUGUGAGGCGCAUUCUCUCGGCUGUCCCGUGUUCAACCCUGUGCGAGUCAAGUCGUCCGGCGCGUUUUAAGGAAAAUGGAUAUAUUUCCUCUUGUUGAAUGUCUUUUUCUUUUUCGUCAAACGCUAAAAAUUACGACCCUUUCUUAAUUAAGCGCACCGAUAGGUUGGAUUUCCAAAGCCAAUUAGAAACCAGAGGAAUAUGGGCAAACUCCAGUCCAAACAUGCGUCUAAACGUAGAGAACGCCCUGAAGGUGGAAGUUUCGCCUCCAAUGCGCUCACCUGUCAGAGGGAGCUGGAGCGCACGGCCAGCACGCGCAAGGACUCGAGUGGCACAGAGCUGAGGGAAGACUCCCAGACUGAUCAUCAUUGCCACCUCAAGGUGUCACUGCUGCCACAGAGAGCAUCUGACAGGGAGCCCAGCAGCCACCUCACAGGAAACAAACAUCUGAGGAAGAGGAGCAGCCACGCUGGUGACUCGGAGUGUAACGUGUUGCUGGAGGAGGACGCUCGACAGGAGUGGGUCUUCACACUGUACGACUUUGACAACAGUGGGAAGGUCACCAAGGAGGACAUGUCCAGUCUGAUGCACUCCAUUUAUGAGGUUAUAGAGGCAUCAGUCAGGCAGUCUUGUGGUGGCAGCACAGCCCUGAGAGUCAAGCUGGUUGUAACCCCCUCAAGUAGCCCAGAAAAGACCUCACAAACAGCAGCAACUAGGCAACAGGGUACGGCUCAGGAGGUCAGAAGCCCAGAGAGGAGAACCUAUUGUGUGGAUGAAAACACAGAGCGUAGAAACCACUACUUGGAUCUCGCCGGCAUCGAAAACUAUUCCUCCAAGUUUGACGAUGAAGAACCCUCCUCUCAAGAGCCAAAACAAGAUGCACGCUCAGCUCUGCAGCACCCCCCAGUGGCGGUCAAAGAACACUGCAUCUCCUCUGAGUCUCGGAGAGGCGUCCCUGUGUUUCGAUCCCAUGGAGCCAAGGCUGUGGCAGUGGGGGAGAAUAGAAAUGGAGGAGAGGGCAAGUUAUCCAGGUUACAUGGCCAUAGCCAGCACACUGCCUUAUGCUGCCAUCCUACCCAGUGUCAGCAUCAGGCCCACAUUUCCCUGCAGCGGACGCACAGCAAGAGGCUGCGCUCCAGGGGACAAGAUGCCUCUAGACCAGCUGGUUUUCAGACCCAACCAGGGACAGAGAGGGAGAUAUUACCCAGCAUGCAUGUCUCCUGUGGGGUCUUGGCUCCUCCAGGCAACAGGCAUGAUCACCACCACCACCAUGAGCACCAUCACCAUCAUCACCAUCACCAUUACCACCCUUCAUAAAUUAAUUUGACAUAUGAGAAAAUGGAUUUCAACAGUGUUAUUCUGCUUUGGGCAUUGUUUGGGAUGUCAAAUACCACUUUUGCUGCAAUCCAGAUUUUACAAAUUUCCACUGUGCAGAGAAAAUAUUCCGUGUGGCAGGAUCGGGCUGUGAAAACACUGUCAGAGGAUGCAAAUGAGUCCUGAAGAUGAACCUGCUCUACAUCAUGAAAAGGCCAGUUGAAUGUUGUGUUUGAAUGCUAUUUUCAUAAGCUUUUAUAGCCCCUCAGACUGACAGUUUCUCUCAGGUUGCCAUAUACUACCACUUCAGUUACUAUAACAAUAAUUUUACCUAUGAGUAGCCAACAUUUUGUACAAUAUUUUAUAUUGCCAAUAUUUUGACAUGAAAACUCAGUGUUUUCAACAGAAAUGUUGAGAAUAUGAACAGACCAAAAUAAUUUGUAUGUAAUAAAGAUAUUUUUA